AUGACUUCUACCAUCACCGAGCAAGCCACUUCUGGAAGCGCUGGCGCUCCUCCUCCAAUUCCCGGCAUCUGCACCUGCGACACCCCAAACACCUACCUUAAACCCAUAAUUGGGUGCGUCAACCGCCGGUGCCGCCCCCGGUACUACCAUCUCAGCUGUGUAGGGCUGAAAGAUCGCCCUGUGCAUUGGUCUUGUCCGUCCUGCUCGCCUCCCUCCAACAAGCGCAAGUCAGAUGACUCUGACGACGACAUGCCGCGCAAGAGGCGCAGGAUGGCUGAGCUCGUAGCCUUUGCCGCCGACGUUCCCCUUACUGUCGUCGAGCAGCUGUUCGCUGAGGAGCCUGGCGCCGACAAUGACGCAGAGAGUGAGGUGGUUGAGGAGGCUGAGGACGAUGUAGUCGCCGGGCUUCCUGCUGUUGGUGCCAGUGGAGACACACCAAUCCUGGUUGCCGACGACGAGGAUGGCUCUGCCUCCGCUUCUGAGGACGGUUUCGAGGAUGGCGGCGACGAUGAGCCGGAGUCGGAGUCAAGCCACUACUGUAUCCGAGGAUGUCGGCGUGAGACUGGUGGGAUGGUGGCGUGUGAUGGAGAGAAUUGCGCGGGCGAGUGGUUCCACUUUGCGUGCAUUGGGAUGACGUCGAAGACAGUUCUGGAGGGAGAGUAG